CCUGAAAGAUGCUCCGAGAAAACAUGCUAGCUUUUCGUUUAGCGGACGCGUUUUGUAAAUAAAAGUGCAGUUGUACUGAGUGUUGUGUUUGCUUUACAAGAAGUUUAGUUAUACAAGUUAUAUACACCUGCCACUUUUUAAAUGUUAAGUAACUACCUUCAACGCAAGGGAGCCUACUAUCGGUCCAGCACUAUGCGUGGUGAUUCAGUGGACUGCGUAGUGAAAUCCCCAGUGGCUCUACAGCUGGGUGAUGUGGUGUCCGAUUCAGUCCGUCCCGGUGUUUAUAUCACAGACGUCGUACUUUCAACGCCAGUCAGUAUUCAGGAAAUCUCCUUCAAGAAUUACUACACAGCCUAUUUGACGGUGCGAGUGUUGAAGAAUGAGGAAGGGAGUGACGAGAGUCCCGCUCAGUGGUUCACCUGUAUGAGAAACUAUCGCCUAAUGUCCAGUCCACACACUGAAGGAGGAUCACAGGACUACUUUUCCAUCUACAGACAACAGAUGCUGACGGAGCCAGAUAACGUUAUUAACGUGCGGCUCAUACUGAGACAGCCUUCUUCAGUCUGGCUGAAUUUCAACAUAGAAGACAUCAAAAUAUUCUCAUUGGCAGAUGAAGAAUCAGAGGGAGACGUUCCUUCCUGGUUAUCUGCCAUCACACCCGCUGAAGAGCCUCUUGAUUUGAAUGGGCUUCCUGAUCCAGACAGUGUGUCAUCCAGUAUUCAGCACAUGUGGGCUCUCACUGAGAUCAUGCAGUCAAGCCAGACCUCCGCUUCCAUCGGCCGCUUUGACGUAGAUGGCUGCUAUGACGUCAACCUGCUUUCAUACACUUAACAGGAAGUGACCAACAGUUCAACCGGAAUUAUGUAUACCCAGGCUUUGCUUAUAUCAAACUAGGCAAUGGUAUUCAAGCAUAGCUGUCUCUCAAUUGGCACUGUACACUAUGUACUUCAUAGUGUUGUGCCUAAUUAUUAACAUCUCAAAUCGAACACUUCUACCAUUUAGCACUAAACACAAAUACCAUGCUGAUUUUCAUGUCAAUGAAGCAAGUCUGAAGUCUCAGGCUCAUGUUCCUGGCUCACAGGAGUAGAACCCAUUAUAAUCUGCUUUUGCAGACACCCUCCUCAAGGUGUGUUGUACAAGGUGUUUUCCACCUGCAAAACUGUGCUCACUGGAUGUUUUUUUGUUUUUUUUACACCCCAUUCUAUGUAAUUAUUAAAGUCUUAAAACAAACACCACCAUCAAGCACUAAACAUAAACGGUAAGUUACUAUGUGGUAUUUGUAUGUCUCAAUCAGCUCCCUAGUUCAGUAUGUAGUGAAUAUAGUAAGGUAGUAAUCAGUAUAUGGUGUACAUGAGUUGGGGCACUGGUAAGGACCAUGGCUCACUACACAUUGGGACACUGAUAACUGAAUUUCUGGCAACAUGACUACAUACUCGCUUUGUCAAACGUCACCAAGAAAACCUUUGAAAUAUUUAACUUUUAUAUGUGAUUGAAAUUUGUUAGCUUAAUCACAAAUAUUUCUGUCAUAUAUCAAGCAGGAUCGUAGUGUGUAUGAUCAAACCAGUGUUGGGUAAGUUACUCAAAAAAGUAAUCCACUACAGAUGACUAAUUACUACUUUAAAAUUAAAUUCUGAUUACUGCAUGUAAAAAGUAAUCAGAUUACUAGUUACGUUAACGUUACUUUCAAAACCAAUGUAAGACAUGAUGAUAAAAAGUUGGAUUUAUAAUAAAACCUGCCUCGAGUGAUGUCACUGUUUGUAGGACUACCAGACCGAUAAAGUAUAAAACUUUUCUAACUAGGCUCGUUUGGAGUCAAGGGGAAACACAACUAAGCUAUCAUAGUAUGGGUUGCAAAGUACAUCAUCUUUCCUUAUGCUCUGCUCAUAUCAAGAAAAAAAUAUUCGGGGCAAAACGUGAUUUAUUUUAAAAAUACGUUUGACUUAAUAUUGUUUACUUGACAAUAAACUUAACGUAAUGCAUGUCACGUAAUUUUAUUGACAUCAGUAAUUGUAAUGAAAUUACAUAAAUUUAAAAUGUAACGUGUUACACCAAUCUAUGUUAAACACUUAAAAGUCAUCAGUCGUUCAAAUAAUGAUAAAAAUCACUAACAUAAUUUGAGAGUUACAACAACAAUAACAAGCUACUUACAUUUGUAGACGAAGUUGGCUGAGAGUUUUUAAAAUUUUUUUCGAGCUGAGAGGCUUCAGAAAACAUGACAUAAUUUCCAUUAAGGUAACAUAUUGAGCAUACAUGUUCCCUGGUUUUUGCAGUGCAUUGUGGGAUUUUUUAUGGAGUGAACGUUCCAGUGCACUGGAAGGAUUUUGCAAUUAAGACAGCCCUUAAAAUGUCCGACUCCCUGAUCAGUGUCCUGACUACUGAACUAGGGAGCUGGUUGAGACAUACCCCUUGUAUGUAUACUCACUAACCACUUUAAUAGGAACACCUGUACACCUGCUCAUUUCAAUCAUGUGGCAAUAGCACAAUGCAUAAAAUGUGAACCCUGUGACUAUAAUGGUGGCAUGGUUGUUGGUGCCGGAAUGGCUGGUCUGAGUAUUUCAGAAUCUGCUGAUCUCCUGGGAUUUUCACACACAACAUUCUCUAGAGUUUACACAGAUUGGUGUGAAAAACAGAAAACAUCCAAUGAACGACAGUUCUGUGGGUGGAAACACCUUGUUGAUAAGAGAGGUAAGAGGAAAAUGGCCAGAUUGAUUCAUGCUGCCAGGAAUGACAUAGUAACUCAUACAUGUAUAAUCACUCUUUACAACUGUGGUGAACAGAAAAGCAUCUCAGCAUGCACAAAACAUCGAACCUUGAGGUGGUGAGCUAUAACAGCAGAACAACACAUUGGGUUCCACUACUGUCAGGCAAGAAUCUGAGGCUAGGUAGUUGCAGAUGGUUUUUAUUGAUCAUUUUACUCGCAUGCAAUGCUUGUGUUAUUGUAACAAGUUAUUUCAUUGAUUCAUAAUUUAUUUAUUUUGAACAUCUAAAAAGAAGCACAACCUGUUAGGACACUUGCAAUAAACUAGAAAUCAGUAAAUAUUAUUAAGAUACAAAUAUAGCCAGUAUAACGAAAUAUAAAACAUAAAGAAAAUGUAAAAUCAUAUAUGUUAAUAAAUAAACAGUGUUACAAUUAUAUAAUAAAAUAAUUAAAAGC